UCUUCUCCCUCUCUUUCCUCCUUUCCUCUUCUUCCUCCUCUCUCUCCUUCUCGUUAAUCUGUCCAUUCUCUUCCUUCCCACUCCUCAACGGCCACUCCCGAUCUCCAACGGUCACACCGCACUCGUUUCGAGAUUUUUUUAACUUAUUAAUGUUUUCGCAAGUAACUCCAAUUUCAAACGUCUUGAUAAACCUGUUCCUUUCUUUUAUUUCAGUCUCGAAGUAGAAAUCAAAUCGCUCUCUAUAUUUAUUAGGGAUCCAAAAGGAAACUCCUUUCCCCAAUAUUCUCAGUUCUCAUAACCUUCCCCUCUUCCCCUUCCCUGAUAAUUUCAGUAGAAGAAAAGCCAUUCGCUAGAAAUUGGUCAAAUGGCGAGAGUUGUUCUCUUCUUAUUAUUCCUCCUCCUAUCCUUCUCAUCCGGAUGGGCCGGGGGCGUGACUCCUCCUCUCCGCCGCCGCCGACGGGCGGAAGAAGAUGGCGGGGGGCGGCGGAAGGACGACGAGGGGCCGGCUGUGGCCACGACGGGGAAGCUGUGGUGCGUGGCGAAGAACAACGCGGAGGACGGGGCGCUGCAGUCGGCGCUGGACUGGGCGUGCGGACCGGGCGGGGCGGACUGCCGGCCCAUCCAGGAGGGCGGGGCGUGCUACGAGCCGCAAGACAUCCAGUCCCACGCCUCCUUCGCCUUCAACGACUACUUCGUCCACAACGGCUUCUCGUCUUCCGCCUGCGAUUUCUCCGGCACCGCCGCCCUCACCUCCCUCAACCCCAGUCACGAUCGCUGCAUCUUUCCUUCCAGCUCAUCCACGAGAAAUGGCAACUUCAGUGGAUCGACCACGGGGUCGAUAGCUGGACUUGGCCCUGCUGGGGCCGAUAUCAGCGGUGGACAUUUGUUGCUGGUCCAGACAUGGAUGCAGCCAUCAGGCAUGGCUAUUUUUGUGAUCCUAACAGUGGCCACAACCGGUACGUUAUUUCGGUAGUGUGAAGCAAGGAUUUGCGGUGUUGAAAUGGUAUUCCUGUGUAUGAUAUUCUGAGGCCUCAACAGAGAAAGCGAAGCAAUUUAAGUUGGUAUGGUCAGCCUGUCUUUUUGGAAAGUAUGGUUUCUCCCUUCUGUCUCCUGUUUAUCAUUGAAGCAAUAGAAUAAUCAUUUAUUUUCUUGCAUGAGUGAUAAUUCAUUCAAAAUCUUGA